AUGGAUAUAAAAGAGCUAAGGAAGGACAUUGUUAUUCCCGACUAUUGUUAUGCUGGUGGUGGUGAGCUCAGGUCGCUCAAUGCUUGGUUUGGCCCAUCUGGGACAGUGACACCAUUGCACCAUGAUCCGCACCAUAAUAUUCUUGCUCAGGUUGUUGGCAGGAAAUACAUAAGGCUUUACCCUGCUUCAAUAUCGGAGGAGCUAUACCCACACCCUGAAACCAUGCUUAGCAAUACCAGCCAGGUUGAUUUGGACAAUAUAGACGGAGACGAGUUUCCAAAGAUGCAGGAUUUGGAAUUUCUUGAUUGCAUUUUAGAGGAGGGUGAAAUGCUGUAUAUCCCUCCAAAAUGGUGGCACUACAUCCGAUCUCUCACUACAAGUUUUUCGGUUAGUUUUUGGUGGAAUGAUAGCGGAAGUUCACUUGUUUCCUGA